ACAGCAGUUGAUCAACACAUGGGGGGAGGAAAGCAACACAGAGGACCUUUCCAGGGGGUCCGUGUGAAGAACUCGGUGAAAGAGCUGCUGCUGCACUUCAGAAGCAGCAAACAGAUGUCCUCAGGCUCUGCUACUGAUGAAUGCAAGGCACAAGGAGGAUUAGUGAACUACGAACAGUACACAGCAGAGCUCAAAAGCAUACUUGGCCACAGUGGCAAAAGAAAGGCUUCUGAGCAUCCUUCUGAUGGAUCUUCUUACAAACGCCAAGCUACUGUUCAUCCACACCUCCUGACACCACCUCAGACACCAACUUCUAUGGACAGCAUGGAGGAGACUCAUAAAAACGAGCCAAAGCUUGACAGCAAUUCUGAUCUGCUUCAGAAUAUCAUAAACAUCAAAAAUGAGUCGAGCCCCAUUUCUCUGAACACGGUGCAGGUUAGCUGGCUGCACCCUGUCUCUGGCCCUAAUCCCUCACCCAGGGAGCAAUACCAGGACAGCCCAGGCACACAGGCCUUCUCCCCAUCCCAGAAGUACCAACCGUUCCAAGAACAGCCCUCCCAGCACCUGCUUGAUCCUCCGCAGCAUUACCAGUUUCCUGCGUCGCAGAGCCAGGAUUUGUCACAGAACUUCCCUUCGGAUCCCUCCCUGGAGUACAGGCCCUUUUCUGCCAGUGAGCAGUCCCCUAGCUACCAGCAGAACACCUUUGAGAGCCACGAGCUGCAGUACUGUGCCUCACAAAGCUUCUCCUCUCUCCUGAAUGAUUCCGAAGGCUCGGAGAACAUAUCCACGGCCCUGCAGUCCCUGAGCAGCGCUCACCUGCAGGCUGAUGUCAGCACACAUGCUCCCAGCUUCAGCUUGGUUCCCAGCAAUAUCUGUGGUGGUCUUGAACGCAGCAUCUCCCUGGCUGCUCUGAAUGUCUCCUUGACACACCAAAACUCUGGCAGAAGCACAGCCCAACUAGGCAAGUCCUUCUUUCAAUGGCAAGUGGAACAGGAAGAGAACAAACUAGCCGGUAUCUCUCAAGAUCAGUUCCUCGCAAAAGAUGCGGAUGGAGACACCUUCCUUCACAUUGCUGUUGCCCAGGGUCGGCGGGCGCUCUCCUAUGUCCUCGCGAGGAAGAUGGCUGCCCUGCACAUGCUGGAUGUUAAAGAGCACAAUGGCCAGAGUGCCUUCCAGGUGGCUGUGGCUGCCAAUCAGCAUCUCAUUGUGCAGGACUUGGUUAGCUUGGGGGCUCAAAUCAACACCACAGACUGUUGGGGUAGGACGCCCUUGCAUGUCUGUGCUGAGAAGGGGCAUGCCCAGGUCCUUCAGGCCAUCCAAAAGGGAGCUAUGGGAAGCAAUCAGUAUGUGGACCUUGAGGCAACAAACUAUGAUGGUUUGACAGCAUUGCAUUGUGCUGUGCUAGCACAUAAUGCUGUGCUGCAUGAACUGCAAAACUGUCAACCGCCUCACUCGCCAGAGGUUCAGGAACUUCUGCUGAAAAACAAAAGCUUGGUAGAAACCAUCAAGACUCUAAUACAAAUGGGAGCCUCGGUUGAAGCAAAAGAUCGAAAAAGUGGUCGCACAGCUCUACAUCUGGCAGCAGAAGAAGCAAACCUGGAGCUCAUCCGUCUCUUUCUGGAGCUGCCCAACUGUCUCUCUUUCGUUAAUGCGAAGGCUUACAACGGCAACACAGCGCUGCAUGUGGCUGCCAGCCUGCACUAUCGCGUGAGCCAGUUGGAUGCUGUUCGCCUCCUAAUGCGGAAGGGAGCUGAUCCAAGUGCCAGAAACUUGGAGAAUGAGCAGCCAGUUCAUCUGGUUCCUGAUGGCCUUGUAGGAGAACAGAUGAGACGUAUCCUAAAAGGGAAGGCGAUUCAGCAGAGAGUGUCGCCGUUUUAAGCUCCAUGUUUCUUGGAGUUCAGCCUCUUACACUCACUGUCAGUUAGGCAGUCCUAAUGUAUCUGUAAAUAGACCAUUUGCCUGGUGUGGGCAAAUGUUAGUUGUUUCUAUGAAACAAAAGUAUUCUGUUCACUAUCAUAUAGUGGGUUUAUAUAAAGAAAAAAAACUAAUUGCUCUGAGCAGAUGGGAAUGUUUCAUUCCCAAGUAUGUGGAACUUUUGCCUGGAUACAUGGAUUUCAUUGCUAUGGUAGAACUCAUUUAAUUAAACAGCAAAAUGAAUGAC